AGCCUUAGAAGUUCAUCAUCAGUUCCAUUACACAACUAUCUCUUCUCUCAUUCUCUCAACUCUUACCCUUCCUCAGCAUCCUAAUCCUUCUUCAAUAUCAACAUGAUGAAAUUGGUGCUAAAAGUGGAACUCUAUGAUAACAAAGUUAAGACAAAGGCCAUGAAGGCAGUUUCUGGUCUUUCAGGAGUGGAAUCAGUGUCGGUGGACAUGAAGGACCUAAAGAUGACAAUAAUUGGGGAAGCUGAUCCAGUGACAGUGGUGGGGAAGCUUAGGAAACUGUGCCAUGUAGAGAUAGUGUCUGUUGGGCCAGCCAAAGAGGAGAAGAAGGAAGAGGGCAAGAAAGAAGAAAAGAAGGGAGGAGAAGAGAAAAAGAAGGAUCCAAAGGAAGAGAUGGCUGAUAUUAUUAAGGCAUAUGAACAAUAUUGUAAUCAGAUGAGGCAGCCAUAUCCCUAUCACUACUAUUACAGAAUUGUGGAAGAGGAUCCUAAUUCCUGUGUUAUCAUUUAGGGGGAUUUCAAUAUUGGAAACAAUAUAUAUAUAUUUAUUUUAAAAUAGAAAAUAAAUGAGGACAUGGUGGGAAAAGAAUAGGGUGGCUGGAGACUUGUAUGUAUACUACGGUACAUUUUAGUUUUGUUGAAAUUUUGGGCUUUUUUUCUUGGGAAAAAAGAAAAAAAAAAGUUGUGGUUGUGAGUCUUGUGAGUUGUGACUUUGUGGAGGAGCAAUAUAAUCUGUACAUUAUUUUUAUAUAUGGUGCAACAAUGUUUUUAGA